GCAAGCUUAGCUACAACAUAAAACAUUGUCCAAUCCAAAAUUCGUGUUGACGAUCGAAUACAGAAUUACAUAUUUAUACAAUCUCAGAUUCAUUUGUUCAAACUAAAAAGCGUAAUUUCAAAUUGGAAAAAGUGUGUUUUAAAAUGUUUGAAAGCAAACAAAAAUUAAAAGGAAAGUCUAAGUAGGUGUUUACUUUGUGAAUUGAAUAAUUUAUUUCAAAAGAGAAAAAUAGUUGUAGUAGUAGUAUUAGUAGUAAAAAGAAAAAGAAAGUCUCUAAACAAUGAAUUACAAGACGAACAGUACACACAAAUUGGUAUACCAGAUAAACUGUUGGUCAACUGUUGAGUAUAUACCUUUGUACGACCCAUACAUCAACUUUGUCUACCUAGCUAUUAGCUUCUUAAGUUCUAUCAUUCCACCGAUCAUAUUCUUAAAUGGAAUAAUCAUUUACAUUCUUUGGUCAACACAAUCUUUACAUACGCCAGCAAACACGUUAAUAGGAGUUACAGCAGCAUGCGAUGUGCUAUCAGCUCUUAUCUCAAUGACAUCAACUGUUGCUGUAUGGUUCCUGGUGUUGUCACAUCACAUUGAUUGUACUUUAUAUAUCAGCACUGUAUAUACAUCACACGUGUUUUCUUUCUUAUCCUUUCUGUUGGUUUGCCUUAUGGCUUUUGAUAGAUAUGUUGCAAUAUUCAAGCCAUACUUCUACUGCAGAAGAAUAAGUAUUUCACAAACAGUGUAUACGCCAUACAUAGCUGUUAUAACAUUCUUAGUUUUAUUACUUAACGGUUUAAACUUUCUAACAUCCAACAAGCAUCUGAUCCAAAUUGCUUUUCUGAUCUUCAUACCGACAUUGUCAUUGUUUUACAUUUGCGUUCAAGUUAAAGUCCAACGAAUUGUGAAAGACAUCGCAAGACCUGUCAACGGAAGGAGAACAUCCGUAGGCAGCGAGUUGCCGUCAGGAAUAGCAAAAGCGAACCAGGAGAUAGCCUCUUCUAAAAAAACAAUGCAAGCUCACAUACGAAUCAGCUACUUGACAAUGUUAAUUGUUUUAUCCAUUUGCAUAUGCUAUACACCAUACAAUGUCUUCUUGUUGAUUCAAUUCAUUCCAUCAAAAUAUCAAGACGAUGAUUGGUUAAGAAUUGGGUAUAUUUUAUCCUACAGUUUCAUGUGUUUGAAGUCACUGUUAAACCCUCUUAUCUACUGUUACAGGUCAUCCACCAUCCGAAAAAAGAUUAGACAUCUGUUGACGAAAUCCGAUCUGGUUUAAAUGUCUUUUGUGACGAAAGGAUUUUUGAUGCAUAAACGAAAUAAAGCUGAUGGGUAUCUCCUGUUACAACUUAAUGUAUCAAAUAAAUGGCUUAGAUGUUAUUGGUUUCGUCAGAAUUUUUUUUUUUAACAUACGAUGUUAUAACUAAUUUUGCCCUAUUUUACUUAUCAUAAAGCAGAACAAAAGGAAAGAGAAGUCUGUAGUGUGUUGGGAAUGUGUAAGAAUCUGUUUUUAUAAAGGACUCCUUCUGACCACCCAUCUAGAAGACACUAAAAAGACAAACAAAGUAUCCACUCUAUUAUAUAUAUAAAGUAGAAAAAAAUUACGACAAAAAAUCAUCCAGGAAUUAUUAGAAGAAAUAGAAUACGCAAAACUAGUUCAUUCUACAAUCCCAGUCAAAUACGAUCUCGUCACACAAGAUGUUAUCUUCGUUAUUAAGUUGUGACAUUUAUGCUUUUCCAAAUACACAUUGCAUGGGAAAUCUGCUUAUAAAACAAGUGGUACUGGACCUUCUAAAAGUCAAGAAAAGUUUUGAACUUGGUAAUUUGUUUCUACAACAAGAACCUUUUUUGAAUAUUCAAGUUUUUUUUUUUUUUUUUUUUUUUGUUCAAUAUAUCUGUUGUGUAGUAGACGAUUCUAAAUUUUUUGUUUCAUUUUCAAUUUAUAGCUAAAAGCUAUAAAUUGACACUUCUUGUUUUUGACUUCAAGCUCUUCUCUA